AUGGAGAACAAAGAAGGCAUAGUAGAGUUGGGGGGGGCUGAGGCUAUUAAUCUAGCCGCAGGCACGCACAUUCCCACAUCUGUGGUGGGCACCGAGCGUACGAGCCCCCAUAAGGAUUUUCAAAUCAAAAGACGGUUGAAAAAGAAGAAGUAUGAUGUCCUCUUCACCGCAGCAUCGCUAAUUUGCGGCAUUCUUGUUGUGUACGGGGCAACCAGCCGCAAACUUGCGAAAGUGCUUGCUUUUACAACCCCUAUUAAUGACGCCAAAGGAAAGCUCGCACUAAAUGACUCACAAAGCAAGGAUGCGCAGAAUCCAAAAGAUUUAAGGGAUAUAAUGGAACAACCUUUGAGGCUCAGCUCUGGAAAUACUCAGAGCCAGAUACAGUUCAAGGCCGUCGCCAAAGUGGAAGAGAGGGCACAAAAAGGGUUCCUCGAGCAACUCAGCAACGAGGAACAGCGAGCUGCAGAGGCGGCUAUGCGUGUAAGGACUUUGGGGGAGCAGGCCACGGUUUUGGAGGAGGCAAAUGCUAAGCUUCAGGAAGUGCUGAGGGCCGUAAGCUACGGAAAAGGCCCCGAUUCUGCCUUGACUAAGCAAGCCUACGAUGAGAUCCUCCGGCUACUCAAGAAGAAGAGGAUGGUACUGAACAAAAUACAAGACUUGGAGCUGUUGACGGUGAAGUUGGAUGGCAGCGCUAUGACCCAUGAGGAACAUUUACUGGCUCAAACAGUUACUGAGGCAAAGGAGCUGGAUGAUCUGAGGCUAAAGCAGCUGGAGCUCACAAAGAAGCAAAAAGAGGGCUUAGUGCAUGCGAUGGAACACAAAGCUAUUGAGUUUUUUAAAACAGAUGCAGAAGAACGACUUCGGAGCCUGGAGAUGGUGUUGCGAAUCCGCAAGAAAGCAGAGGAGGCGAGGAUAGUGGACUUGAAACAGCGCAGAGAGGUGCAAAGAAAAAUGCAAGAGGAGUUCGAAAAGCUUUUGAAACAGAUAGAGGAAGAGGAAUGCGCUCAGAAACAAUGCGAAGCAGAGCUACAGUCAAGGAGAAAAGCGUUUGAGGAAACAGUUGAGCAGCUGCCGGCGGAAGUUGUCACCGAAGGUGCUGCACGCGUGAAAGGAAUUUGCAAGGACCGGAAAGGGGCGAUGCAGAGAAAAAAGAAUGACGUGAAGUACCAGGGUUUGCUUCAUGAUGCCUUGAACCACCACGCGAGCCUGGAGCAGUAUGAGCGUCAAGUGGCAGAGCAGCAUGUCAAGCCCUGGCAAGAGAAGUUGCAGCAGGAGUUGGAAGACACAGUGGCCCUACUACACAACUCCGAAAUAGCUGGUGAUGCUAAGAAGUUUUUGGAGCAGCAGAAGCAUUCUCUGGAGGCGAGCAUUGCUGAUGCCCCAGAGGAGGCCCUCAAGGAGGCCAGGGGUUCCGAAGGAGACCUAUUUUUGUUGCUGCAGUUACGCCAUUCGGCAGAACACAAAAUAAGCUCUAAGGUGCGAACCCAUUUUGAUGAUAUGUAUAAGAAAGACCAGGAAAACGAGAGUGUGGGAAUCCAGCUACUUCUAGUUAGUGCAGAACGGGAGACAAAAAGACUGGCAUUGCUGUCUUCUCUGGACCUGGCUAUAAGCCUUGAUCAGGAUCGAGACUUGGCCACAGAAAUUCAUCAACUCUUCAUCAAAAAAGUAUCACAAGAGGAUAUCCUGAAAGGAGAGAAAGAGCGACUUGAAGCAGACAUCGAAGCGACGAAAAGACGACAAGAGAUUAUUGAGAAAAGCCGGAUGGCGUCACGCAGAGGACUGCUGUCCCUUCAGAAUUUAAAGGAUGGCAAGCUGGCUGACAAAGAUGGAAAUGGAACCAGCCGCAUAUCCUUGAAACUGCAAUUGCAUGGGGCUAUGACACUACUGGAAUUCUAUAGGCUGCGACUGGAGCGUCUGGAGUACAAGAAGUCAUGUCUCGACACAAGCUACCGAGACAAGCUAGCCCGAGCUGUAGGGGCGUGGGAAGCAGUCUCCAAGGAGUAUUCAGAUACUACAGCCAGGCUUUAUGCGCUGGGGAUCUGUGAUAAAGCCAAGAAAUCUAGAAAAGAAUUGCAGGACAGCUUGGAGAAGGUUGAGGGAUUCGAUGAUACAGCCAAUCAGCAUACAGGAAAAGAUAUGCAACCAAAUGUAUCUGACGAUCCUAAUCUGUCUGAUGAAGACCUGCUCUCCCUUCCAAAGGUCAAGGUCCAGAGCAUUAUAGAUAUUCUUAAUCAGGAGACACACAAGUAG